AAUUAGAUUGAUCUGAAAAAUAAUUAUUAUUUACCUAUAUUACAUUUAUGUUACUACCAUUCUCUACUUAAUAAAUAAUAUUGCAAAAACGGUUUAAUAAUAAAAUUCCUGAUAUUCAAGUGGACCACAGUCAAAGUCAAUAAAGAGUCGUUCUAAUACGACAUUUCAAUCCACAGUUGAGACCCAGAAAUCGUGGCAAGCACCACCACGUUGUCGUCUCCUAUUUGGAAGCAAGGAUUCCCACUCCUUCCAUAAGCUUCUAAAAAUUGUAUCAAGCUGGCCCCUAUAAAACAACGACUACAAUGCUCCUUUGCUGCAGCAAAUGUAAGAGAGCCGCGCAGCGCAACACACACACAGUACUCCUCGCAAUGUCUCUGAUCGUAGCUUUUCUCAUCGCUUCGAUCUUUGGCGCUGCUCUUGGAGAGUCAGAAGAGUCGGGAGCUCUCUUGGAGCUACGAGCUUGGUUGGUUUCUAGCGACGAUUACUUUGCCAAGAGUUGGAGUAACGCUUCCACUCCCUGUGCAUGGCCCGGAAUAAAAUGCUGGCCCGACGGUCUCGUCCGGGAGAUCGAGCUCUCUAGUAGGAACCUGUCUGGCAAGCUUCCAAUCCCCGAUAUCUUCUCACACUUUCCCCAGCUGGAAGCCUUGAGCAUAGGUGACAAUGCACUGUCGGGACCCUUCGUCCUCUUGUCUUCUUCUCUUGCUUCCUCGUCUCUUUCCUUGCCAUUGUCACUGUUAAAGAGUCUCAAUCUUAGUGGUAAUUCUUUCACGGGGCCCAUUUCCAGCGUCGUCCGCCCAGCAACCAUGCCAAAGCUCCAAGCCUUGGAUUUGUCCGGCAACUAUUUCUCUGGUGAGCUUCCUCCGGACGUCUCCUCCAUGUCCAACUUAUCUUACGUCGAUCUCGGUGGGAACCUGUUAAGCGGCCACAUUCCUCCACAGUUUGGUGAGUUGAGCAACCUUAAGUACCUCACGCUUGCGGCCAACCAGUUCACAGGAUCCAUCCCUCCAGAGCUCGGCCAGCUCGCCAACUUGGAGUGGCUCUACCUCGGCUACAACAGCCUCACCGGAAGCAUACCAUCUGCUCUUGGAAGCCUUGCCAGUCUCAAGCACCUGGAUCUUGUCCACAACAAUCUCACCGGAGCUAUUCCAGAGUCACUGUCCCUCCUCGUCUCGCUGGACACGCUUUUCCUCUACAGUAACUCCUUGUCAGGGCCGAUACCACCGCAGCUCGGACAGCUCUCGGGCCUCGUUUCGCUCGACCUCAGCAUCAACUCUCUCUCGGGAGAAAUCCCUGCGGAGCUCGGAGACUUGCUCGGCCUGGAGCUGCUCAAUCUCUUCGGCAACCGGCUGACAGGAUCCAUUCCAUCCUCCCUUGCUCGGCUACCACGUCUCAGGAACUUAGCGCUCUGGAAGAACGAUCUCUCUGGCGAUAUUCCUGCCGAGCUAGGUACUUACGCUCCCAACCUCACCACCUUGGAUCUCUCGAGCAACUCCUUCACCGGACAAAUACCUCCAUUCCUGUGCAUGUCGUCCAGAACUUCCCAGCUACGCAGGCUCAUCCUCUUUUCCAAUCUUCUCUCGGGGCCCAUCCCUGAUAGUAUUGCCACCAAUUGCCUGUCGCUGGAAAGAAUAAGGCUGGAAGACAAUCUUCUCUCUGGAUCACUUCCGGAUACACUGACCUCCAUGCCUCGUCUCACGUACCUCGACAUAUCUUCCAACGUUCUCACGGGACCUCUCAGCUUCUCGGUAAACUCUCCCCUCCAAGUUCUCUUCGUCCAUCACAACCAGCUUUCCGGCCCCAUACCCGAGACCGUCGGAAGAGCUACCAAGCUUGUGCGGCUCGACAUGUCCCAUAACUUUCUGUCCGGCAGGAUUCCAAAGGAGCUCCAAGAUAUGUCCAGCUUGAGCGAGCUUGACGUAAGUGACAACCAUCUCACUGGCCCGAUUCCCAGCGAGAUUUCCAACUGUCCAAGACUGGUAAGCUUGAGACUCCGCGGCAACCACCUCAGCGGCCAUAUCCCAGCGUCUCUGGCAUCAGUGAGGCUGCUGGGAUUGCUCGACAUCUCCAGCAACCUGCUGACGGGAACCAUUCCACCUCUCUUGACUGCCAUGCCUUCGCUCAUCUUUGCAAACUUCUCGGACAACCGUCUCACCGGACCCGUUCCGGACACCGGAGUCUUGUCCGCUUUAAGCCAGAGCUCCUUUCGAGGCAAUGCUGGCCUGUGCGGUCGAAAGGACCUGGGACUCAAGCCGUGCUGGAACUUUCUACUCUUCCACAAGCUGGCAAUGGUGCUGUGGAUCACCGGGGUGAUCACAGUGCUCGUCAUAUUCCUGCUGCUGUGCUUUGCAAGGAUUAGCUACACAAAGAAGAAAAAAGUGUUUACACAGAAAGUCGCAGACGAAGCGGCUCUCCUCUAAAACAUGGGCGACGAACGUCGAAU